AUGUCGCGCGGCUUCAACACCUCCAUGCUCGACGCCGUCGCGGCGCUCGGAAACGCCGCGACGUCGCCGUCGUCGCGGCACUCGGGCUGGAGCGACUCGGACGAGUCCGACGACGGCGGGCCGCCCGAGCCCGUGCCCACGCCGGCGCGGCGCGCGUCCAGACCGCCGGCGCGGCCGCGCACGGCGAGCCGCCCGGCCAUCGACAUGGCGCGGCGCCAGGACAUGCUCGACGCCGCGUUUCCUUUGAGACGGCGCCGGCCGAGCGCGACGCCCGCGCCGCGCCGCGCGUCCGCGGCGCCGCCGCCGACGGCCGUACGCGAGGCGGCGCCGCCGCCGCCGCGCGCCAAGCCGCCGCCGCCGCCGCCCAAGCGGAAACCACCGCCGCCGCCGCCUCCCAAGAAACCGGUCGAGGACUGGGAGCACAGCCUCCGCGAGCCCAUCCGCUCGAAGCCGCCGCCGCCGCCGCCGCGAAGCCCCAUCGCCAGCCUCUCGGAGCUCGAGGAUGAAUUAGCGUCGCUGAAGCGCGACCUGAAGGCGCAGACGGCGCGGAACGCGGAACUCGAGAGGCGGAACGCCGAGCGUGAACGCGACGCGAACAUGCUGCGCGCGGACCUCGCCGACGCCGAGGCCGAGCGGACGCGGGCGCUGCGGCUCGUCGUCGGCGUCCUGGGCCGCGACCGCGUCGAACGCGCGCUGGCGAACGGCGGCAUCGGCUCGCUGCUGCGGGACGGGCGGACCGCGUACCGGCCGACGGGGAGCAUGGGCCCGCCUUCCGACGCGGGACGGCGGUCGCGGUCGGACGAGAUGUAUCACGUAACGAGUUGGUAA